UGAUAUUUUUCUUAUACAGAUGUGAAAUAUAGAGAUAUACGAACUAAAGUGAAUCAGUAUAUAUUAUACCGUUGCUGUAUAUCGGUGCAGUGUUCUAAAAUGGGUUUAACACAUUGUUUUGUUCUUGUUAUUUUCCUUCAAUGGAGUUAUGUGAAAGGAGAUUGUGGAGUGGUCAGUAAGAGCGAGUGGGAUGGACUGAACCCAGUCCAUGUGCAGUACCUCCCCAGGCCCGUUGAUCUGGUCAUCAUCCAGCAUACAGUGACGCCCACUUGUAACACUGAUCAGCGCUGCGCUGAACGCGUGAGGAGUAUUCAGAAUUACCAUAUGGAAACUAGAAACUUUUGGGAUAUUGGUUACAAUUUUAUCGUCGGUGGUAAUGGCAAAGUGUAUGAGGGCGCCGGGUGGUUACACGUCGGUGCGCAUACUAGAGGAUAUAACAAUAGGGCCUUGGGUAUCGCAUUCAUUGGGAACUUUAACAAUGAUCAGGUGAAACGCUCAAUGAUAGAUGCAGUGAAGGCACUAUUGAAUUGCGGCGUUAGGAAUGGCCACCUCACCUCCGACUACCACGUGGUCGCACACCGUCAACUGGCGAACUUAGACAGCCCUGGACGAAAGCUGUAUAACGAAAUAAGAAGCUGGCCCAACUGGCUGGAAGACGUCAGCUCUAUUAGAAACUAAUUGUUACUCAUUCACUUCAGCUGUAUUGAGCUUCGACCAUCAAUAAUUAACGCCUCAAAGUCGGUGAAGUAAAUAUGAGUGUUGCUUCACUUAUAGAAUGAAUGAUUCUUAAUUUCAAUGAAUUUACCUUAUUUUGGAACAAGAAAAAAUGUGUUUUAACAUUUGUAAUUAAUGUUUAAUUUACAAUGAAAUCAUUUACAGUUUUAUAGUAGUAUAGUCGGAUGAUGAACAUAUUUGACUUUUGUUAAUAUUGGACGCGAUAUCUAGUUUGUAUACAUAUUCGAAGAUAUAAAGGACUAAAUACAUGAAACAUUACAGGUAUUCUGUUAUGUCCAUGGUAUUGCUCAUGUCUAUAGGCGACGGUUAUCACUUUCCAUCAGAUGGGUCGGCAGCUCAUGCCCAUUCUAAGUUGCAUAAAAAAUUAAUGUGAAAAAAUAAUAUUUUGUGAGAUAUUUCCAAUGUCAGAAUAUCAUUUAUGUUUGUAUUUAUAAUUUUUGAGUAAUGGUUGGUAACUGUAAUAUGAUUUGUUUGUUUGUAACACUUUAUUGUAUAGUAAAGUCCUAAAUUAUAUGAUACAGAAUUCUCAAGAAAAGAAUGAGUACAAUGGCGGACUUAUCCAAUAAAAGGGAAUAAUUAUUUAUAAUAAUUACAUAUAUAUGUUAUAAAUAAUAAUAAAGAUAAUUAUUUCUUCGACUA